AUUACUAUAGGAAAACUUCAUAUCUUUGUGUUAAAAAAGAUGGGCGCCGUUCAAAAGAUAUUGGAUGUGCCACUGGACAAUCUCCUGUUGAUAUUCAAACACCUUGAAGGGGAAACAGAGGAUCAACUAUCGUUGGCCCACACCCAUCCAAUAUUUUAUAAAGCAUUUGGCCUUUACGCUUCCAAGAGAUUUAAAUCGGUUAAUUUCGAUGAAUUUCCCAUUGCGUACUGGUCGGCUAUGCUAAAUCUAUGCGGUGCGAGUGUUGUUUGCAUUUCAACUAAACUUGUUGCGAAUGCUGUGGCUAUGGCCACGCUGAUUGACGAAUUUUGUCCCAAUGUGAGCGAAUUAUUUAUGCCGAUACGUGCCCGUUAUUGGCACGUUGUCAAGCCCUUCAUUAAGAGAAUGCGUAAACUGUAUCUGCUUCGAUUUGAGAACAACUACAGUUCGAUUAGCGUGAUCAGAACGUUGCGGCAUUUGCCGCAGCUCAGGAUUCUGUCUUUGCAUGGAUUUAGAGUUUGCAAUGUGAUGAGAAUCAAAGAGUUGCUGCUGCUGGAAAAACUUGAAGUAGUGACCAGAGUUCCCAUUAAUUUAAAUGAAUUGUGCUUUGCCAUGUCCAAUUUGGAAAUAUUGCAAGCAGAGAUGGCUUUAAUCAAUUUUCCAAACUAUUAUCCUCGAUGGCCCUGCCUGAGGACUCUGAGCAUUGGUUGGGGUCGUUUCGCAACCGAACUGCCGUAUAUGCCAAAUCUGCAAAUAUUAAGCAUUAGCGUUACCCACACUAAUUUGCGACUCUCUCAGAUAUUUGGCAGAUCGGUCUUGCAAUACGCCAACACCUUGCAGACACUUCGUUUGCCCCAAAAUCAGUGUUAUUAUCCGAACGACAUCCAGAUCAUCGCCCAACUAAAGUCACUGAAAACUCUGCAAUGCUACUUCAUCGAUAAUCGUUCCUUGAGCUCCAUUCAUUUGGAUGAGCUCCAGACGCUGUUUAUUCCGAAUUCCCCCGCUAUACGGAAUUCUGGGGUCCUUGGGGUUCUUCGUGGCUGCAAAAGUCUACGACGAUUGGACAUCUUUGAUUGUCCACUACUUAGCCCAGACUUGGUAGGACCAGCAAUUAAGGUGCUGAAGGAGAAUGGCGUUCAGCCGGAUAAUCCAUUGGUUAUGACAGUUAGUUCUUUAUUCGGAGAUGAUAUCAUACAACUGACUCGCUCGGAUCCGACCAAUCAAGUGCUGCUCUUGACGACACGUUCAGUGUGCAUUCAUGACUGAAAAUGGGUAAAUGAAUUACAUAUCUGAAUCAAAAAUAGUAAGCAAAGCUAAAACUUUAAAUAUUUUUCUUUAUUUAAGUAGAGCACUAAUUUUAGCAAAAGUCCAUAAAAGAUUAGAGUGAAUCUGAAUUGAAUAUAAAUAGAAAAUCAAAGGAAUUUACUAAUAUAUAUAUUUUUUAUUAGAUUAAUGUAUAAUACAGCGA